GUAACACAUGGAUUUCAAUACUAAAACAGACCGGGACGGCACUUCCUAGUUCCUUUUCUCACCACAUAGAGUUGCAUUAUGACUGGCCAGAGACCCAACUUUUCCAAGGUCUACAAGACCCCUCGUCGUCCUUUUGAAAAGGAGCGUCUCGAUCAGGAGUUGAAGUUCGUCGGAGAGUUCGGACUUCGUAACAAGCGUGAAGUAUGGCGCGUCAAGUACAGUCUUGCUAAGAUCCGCAAGGCUGCCCGUGAUCUUCUAACCCUAGAAGACAAGGACCCCCGACGCCUGUUCGAGGGUAACGCGCUUCUGCGUCGCCUGAUUCGCAUUGGUGUGCUUGAUGAUACCCAGAUGAAGCUCGAUUACGUUCUGAAUUUGAAGACCGAGGAUUUCCUUGAGCGUCGUCUUCAGACCCAGGUCAUGAAGCUUGGUCUAGCCCGUUCCAUUCAUCACGCCCGUGUCCUUAUCCGUCAGCGUCACAUCCGCGUCGGUAAGCAGCUGGUAAACAUCCCCUCAUUCGUUGUGCGUGUAGACUCACAGAAGCAUAUUGACUUCAGUUUGAACUCUCCUUUCGGUGGAGGCCGUGCUGGACGUGUCAAGCGUAAGAACGCCGGCAAGACGUCUGAUGACGCUGAAGAUGACGAGGAGUAAGUAUGUACUUAUAACUUAUAAAUAUAGUAUAAAUUUACUGGCCAACUCAACUUCUUUGCGUUACGAAUAAAUACACUCGUGCGGUUAGGCAACAACUGUGUGGAACUGUACCUUCUCGCUCGUGUUUGUGCUUUUGAUGCUCUGUUCGUAUAUCGAUAUAUGUGCAUUUGUC